AUGAGCUCAGUGGUGAUGGUUGGAUGUGGCUUGUUGAUCGCAGCUAGCCUAAGAUAUCCUCUAGGCUCUGGAGUACCGACAGCCACUUUACAGGCACUUAUUCGGCCGCAGAUAGUCGGCUGUGGGUACAUAACGACCGACCCUGCAUCCUGCCCACAUCGUCUUAGCACCAUGAAGCUGCCCUUUACCGAUCUCGAGUACACCGACGAUGUUGCUAUAUUCGCAGAAAGCAGCGCGGAAGUUCAACAUGUUGUCAACCUUGUAUCGAAGCUAGAUGCAGUCUGUGGACUUCGUCUACGCCCUGAUGAGUGCAAGCAGAUAUGGGUCUCUUCGAGACCCCAAACAGGAAUAAAAGUGGAUGGACAAUCGAUCAAACUGGUCGAUGAGUUCUGUUACCUGAGCUGUAUGUUGAAGAACAACACCAGCUACAAGAAAGACAUUCAGCAAAGAUGCGCUGAGACCACUUCUGCAAUUAACUCCUUAACAAAAUGCCUGUGUUCCACCCCUAUCACCAACGAAGUCGAUCUGCGAGUCUACCUAUUUGCAGUUUACCCCAUCAUGAUGUACGGAUCGGAAACUUGA